GUAUUGCCUUCCAACAUGGAGGAGAAAGGGGACGAGUACCAAAGGAGUAUGCACAAAGGAGUGUGUCCAAAGAGGGCGCCUUUGUGGGCGGAGCAGGCGGGCCUGUGUCCUGUGAUUCCUCCUCUUCUUCGUCUCCUCCUCCUCCUCUGUCUGGGCAGGAGAAAGGGCCUCCGCGGCCUUCCCCGUCCUCCUUUUCCUCCAGCCCCAAAGAGGCCGGGCGUCUGGAGGAGGAGCCGCUUUCGGUUUAUAUUCCCAAGCAGAGCUGCUUCGAUCCCGGCGUGGGCCGCAGCACAGGAAGCCAUGCAGGCGGGCUCCAAGCAGGCGGUGCUGGCAGCGGCGCAGGAGCUGCUGAAGUUUGUGAACCGGAGUCCCUCCCCUUAUCAUGUGGUUGCUGAGUGUCGGAGCCGCCUGCUUCAAGCUGGUUUUCAGGAGCUUAAGGAAACUGAACACUGGGAUAUCCAGCCAAACCGAAAGUAUUUUGUGACCAGAAACUUCUCAACACUGAUUGCCUUUGCCGUGGGAGGAAAGUUCCAACCUGGCAAUGGAUUCACCUUGAUUGGAGCCCACACGGACAGCCCCUGUCUGCGGGUGAAACGCUCCUCGAAACGUAACCAGGAAGGCACCGUCCAGGUGGCAGUGGAGACCUAUGGGGGUGGCAUCUGGAACACCUGGUUUGAUCGUGACCUCUCUGUUGCUGGAAGAGUCAUUGUCAAGGACCGGUCCUCAGGGCGGCUGGAGCAGAAAUUGGUGCGGGUGGAGCGUCCCAUUCUCCGCAUCCCCCAUCUGGCCAUCCACCUCCAGCGCAAUGUGAAUGAGAGCUUUGGACCAAACACCGAGCACCAUCUGGUCCCAAUUCUGGCCACAGAAGUCCAGGAUGCUCUGGAGAAGGAAGAGUCCCUCUCUGGGAAGACUUCUACCUCAUCCUUCCUGCAUCGUCACUGUCCAGCUCUCUUGUCCCUCAUCUGCUCCCAGCUGGAGGUGAAACCUGAGCAAGUGGUAGAGAUGGAGUUGUGCCUCGUGGACACACAGCCUCCGACCUUAGGUGGUGUCUACAAUGAGUUCAUAUUCUCCCCUCGCCUAGACAACCUCCAUAGCUGCUACUGUGCACUACAGGCCCUGAUUGACUCUAGCGAAGCUCCUGGAGCCCUUGAUCAAGAACGAAAUGUGCGCCUGGUUGCCCUUUAUGACAAUGAAGAGGUUGGCUCUGAUAGCGCCCAAGGGGCGCAAUCACUCCUCACUGAACUUGUCCUUCGACGCAUCUCAGUUUCGGCCCAGAACCUGACGGCGUUUGAGGAAGCUGUGCCAAAGUCCUUCAUGAUCAGUGCAGAUAUGGCCCAUGCUGUGCACCCCAACUAUGCAGACAAGCAUGAUAAGAACCACCGUCCAGAGUUCCACAAGGGGCCUACAAUCAAGGUGAACAACAAUCAACGCUAUGCAUCCACCGCUGUCACUGAGGCUUUGCUUCGUGAGAUUGCCAGCCAAGUGAAGGUCCCCUUGCAAGAAUUCAUGGUCCGUAAUGACUCUCCCUGUGGCUCCACCAUCGGACCCCUCCUGUCCUCCCGCCUGGGUUUGCGUGUCCUGGAUAUCGGCUGCCCACAGCUAGCCAUGCACUCCAUUCGCGAAAUGUGUUGCACCUCAGGGGUUCUUCAGUCGAUCACUCUUUUUAAGGGCUUUUUUGAGCGGUUUCCUGAGCUGAAUCAGGAUCUGCUGAGCAACUGAUAGAUGUCUCCAAGGUAAAAAGAAGGUUGCCUUCCUGUUUUCAAUAAAAAAACAACAACAUUCAAUCCAGUGACUCUCUGUGCCAUAGUGGGGGUCGGUGUCUGACUGCUUCUUGGUAAAUUACAUGUUUUUAUCCCGGCCCCAGAGCUUUCAAUCAGAGAGGCUGUGAUAUAGAAUUUCCUUAUGCGAAAAUUUGGUUCAAGUGGGUGAAGCUUCAAAGGAUAAUCCAGAGUCAUCUUGAUGCCUCAGAUGGCACCGAACAUGUAGAUGACAAGCCAGGACUGGUAAAUGUCAGAUGAUGCAUAGUUGAGUUUCUCAUCCCACUCCUACAUCCUUUCUUUGCUUGCUUAGCAGAGCUCGGAAUUACUUGUCAUCCUUUAUGAAGACGUUCUCUCAGAAUGUCAACGAGAGACAUGAGUUGUUAUGGUUGUGUGCCUUCACGUCACUUCUGACUUACGACACCCCUAUCAUUGGGUUUUCUCGGCAGCAUUUGUUUAGAGGUGGCUUACUGUUACUUUCCUCUGAGGCUGAGAGAGGGUGAAGAUCAUACAGUGCAUUUUUUAAAAAAAAUAAUAUUUAUUGAGUAUUCUCUAAAAUCUUCAAAAACCAAACAUUUUGGAAAAAAUAUAUAAUUAGAAAUGUAUCAAGAGGAAAGGGAGAGAAGAAAAAAAGGAAGAUGCAAGAGAGAGAAAAAGAGAAGAAAAGAAGAAAAAAUAAAAAAGAGGAAAGAAAGAAAGAAAGUUUUUAAAAAAUCUUGGGUUGGCUUCCGGGCGACUUCCUUGAGGUUUCCUCCUUUUUGUUCGUAGUUUCUCUCCUUCCAUUUUCUACUUCCUUUCUUCUUUUAUUCAAAUAUUUUGAUGUAUGCCCCAUUAGUCAUAUUAUUAUGCUAUUGGUUUUUUUUGUUUCAGGUAUUUUGUUAUCAGGCUCGAGUCUGUUUCUUUGUUUUUCGUUAACCUUUGCUAUCAAGUAGGUUAGUCUGUCUAUAUUUCUUAUUUCAUAAUCUUUGCAGACCAAUCCUCCAUCAUACAGUGCAUUUCCAUGGUUGAGUGAGGAUUCAAACCAUGGUCUCUGUACUGCUUUGCUCCAGAAACAGCCUUACAACACGAGUAAAAGUAACUAAGAAAGCUUUACUUCCUAAUAAUAAACCAUGCUGUUUAUUAUUAUUAAAACAGCAGUAAAGGAAAUAGAAGGUAAAGUUCCAAAGCAAAGCAAGGUCUUACAGCAGACGUGAAACAAAAGUCUUUGGCAAGAAGUCUUCACAGUAGACAGGAGCAAAGGUCUGGCAAAAAAAAGGCUUAUAGUAUACAGGAACAAGUGUCUUUAGCAAGAAGUUUUUUUGCAAAGCCAACGCUGAGACUGUAGCACGGAGACUGGAAUACAAACACACCAGGAAGGUCGGUUGCUGCCAGCACUGACUACUGGCUCUGCUGCUAAUUUAUAGCCCUGAGCUCCUGGCACAGAUGUUCCUAGGACCAUGAUUCUAGCUGACCUUCUCCUUUCUUCUUUUGCCGGUCUAAAAACGUAGGAAUGUAUAGUAUGUCUUUCUCGCCUUCUCCUUCCUCCUCAACACUUGGUCCCAAAUCCCUAAGUACUACCUCUUCAACCUCCUGUUCUACCUCCUCCUCAGAAGCUGAAGAGUAGUCCACCACAGUCUCCCAGUGUCCUAGGAAGGAUUUUCACUGUGGAAUUAAUGCAGUUUGACGCCACUUUAAUUUCCAUGGUUCAAUGUUAAGGAAUCAUGGAGUUUUACCAGGUUUUUGAUCUUCUCUGCCAAAGAGUGGUGGUACCUCACCAAACUACAACUCUCAUGAUUCCAUAGUAUGGAGCCAUGGCAGCUCAAGUGGCAUCAAACUGCCUUGAUUCUACAGUAUAAAUUCACCCUGUAUCCAAUACUCAAAAUCCCUACAUCACACUGGUAAGACAUUGAUAUCCAGGCACACCUAUACACCACCAAAAUAGGUGAACUGCACAUUUCCAAGUUUGCUUUAUAUAGCAGGUUUUUGCUGAUGUGUCUUCAACACAAUUAUGGUGGUACAUAAGUAUAUUUUUCCUUUAUUUCUGGUGUUUUAAUAAACUCCCAUUAAGCUAGUGGCCCAUGUAAAUGACAUCUGCAAAACCAUACUACUGUGCCAUCUUGUUCCUUGGGAUUUGUGAAAUGAACUAUCACUUCCAUAUCUGUGUGGGAAGUGAUCGUUCAAGUCCAAAACUGUAACUACAAGUGUAUGCUUAUUCAUGUAAUGCACAAAUGCUUCAAAUAGACCUUCAGUGGUGGUUCUCCGUGUUCAGCAUUGAUGUGAUCGAAAUGGAUGGGAAAGAGCUCAGGUGUACUUACUCAUUGACUUGCCAGCUGAUUUUCCUCUGACCUUGUUCACCUAGAAUACAAGACUUUCCAGUUCAGGGCUUUGGUUUUCCAGGUGUUUUUUAUUCCAGCUCCCAGAAUUCCUGAUCAUGGGUCAAACUGCCUGGAGCUUCUGAGAAUUUGUAUCCCCAAAGACUAGUUUGAGAGCCUGCAUUCUAGAUUGGGAUGGGAACCAUGCAGCCCUCCAGAUCCUGAAUUGCAGCUCCCAUCUCCCCUCAAUAUUGUCUGUACUACAUGGGACUGCUUUGAGGGUCUCAUGUUCCCCUGCAAGAGCAAAAGGGGCACGGUCAGCACCCUUGCAGGACUUACUCAUAGCCAACAGUGGGAGUCCUGAUGCUUGCCUCUUCAUUUGCCCCAAAUGUUCUCCCAUCCUCCUUUUCCAAAUGAAUUUAGACACUUCAUAUUUUCUUUUUUAGUUCCUUUUCUGCUUUCCAAGGGUUAUAGGGAUUUGUCCCUUGUCCCUUAAGAGUUUUUGUUAUUAACUUUCUAUAUUGAAAUUGGAAUGACACAAAACCAGUUUUGGUUUCAUGUCAGAUAACAGUAGUUUUAUUUGUUUUAAUAUGAAACAGCAAAAAAAUGCAACAGACUUGUAGCUUUUUAAAGUGUUUUGGACUACAGUUCCAUUCUUCCACAUCCAUCAGCUUGUAUAAACUGAGCAUACCCAUUUUGAAAGGCAAAUAGCUUUAUUCUUGUAUUAUACAAGAUGAGUAAAUGUUGGUAAAGCCAUAAUAAUAAUAAUAACAAUGAUACAGUAGAGUCAUGCUUAUCCAACAUUCUGGAUUAUCCAAUGUUCUGGAUUAUCCAACGCAGUCUGCCUCCUGCCUGGAUCCACAGCUGUUUCUCUAGGCAGCAAAGACUGAACUUUUUACAGAUUUAACUUCCGACAAUUUCUGGAAGUUCAUUUUAUGCAAUUCUAUAUUUAUUUGUAGUCAAUUUGUUAGUAGCCAAUGUUUUUAUAGUCAAUGUUUUCAAUACAUUGCUGUGUUUUGGUGCUAAAUUCGUAAAUACAAGUAAUUACUACAUAA